GAGGCGGGGUGAGGGGGAUGGGUCGAUGAAUGAUAAAACCAGAGGUGGAGACGUUUGAAAUAGUGUACUUUUUUUAUAAUCACCAACCAGACGUUUACGCCACAUUCACAUGAUUAUAGUCACACUAGAGCAUUGUGCAAGGUGAGUGUCAGUGAGGAUGACGAUGCCGCAUGUAGGAGCAGUAUUUGCAGCAAUUGCAGGAGUGUUUGCCAUCAUGUUGCACUCCUCGAUUCACAAGAUAGAAGAAGGACACCUUGCUGUGUACUACAGAGGUGGAGCAUUACUGACUUCUCCCAAUGGGCCGGGAUAUCACAUCAUGCUGCCUUUCAUUACCACCUACAGAUCAGUGCAGACUACACUCCAAACUGAUGAGAUCAAGAAUGUGCCUUGUGGAACAAGUGGUGGUGUAAUGAUCUAUUUUGACAGGAUAGAAGUUGUUAAUAUGUUGGUCCCUUUAGCAGUGGUGGACAUUGUGAGGAACUACACAGCUGAUUACGACAAAACGCUAAUAUUCAACAAGAUUCACCACGAACUAAACCAGUUCUGCAGUGUACACACACUACAGGAGGUCUACAUCGAGCUGUUUGACAUAAUAGAUGAGAACCUUAAGACUGCAUUGCAGAAAGAUCUGAAUGUAAUGGCUCCUGGACUGACUAUACAGGCGGUCCGUGUUACCAAGCCAAAGAUCCCUGAAUCUAUCAGAAGGAACUUUGAACUCAUGGAGGCUGAGAAGACCCGGCUGUUAAUAACAGCUCAGACCCAGAAGGUGGUGGAAAAAGAAGCAGAGACUGAACGGAAGAAAGCAAUUAUUGAGGCCCAGAAAUUGGCUCAGGUAGCUGAGAUCCAUUUCAAACAGAAGGUGAUGGAGAAGGAGACGGAGAAGAAGAUCUCUGAGAUCGAGGAUGCUGCCUUUCUGGCCAGAGAAAAGGCGAAGGCUGAUGCCGAGUAUUACAGUGCUGCAAAGAUUGCAGAAGCCAACAGGCUGAAGUUAACGCCGGAAUACCUGGAGAUGAGUAAAUAUCAGGCCAUAGCAGCUAACAGUAAGAUCUACUUUGGUCAGGACAUCCCGAACAUGUUUGUCGAGGGAAACAACAGUCCGCCGAAGUCUGCGUCCUCUACUCGGCCCAAUGCUAACCCAGACUUGGUUAAAGGAAAGCCAGAUGGUCACUAGGGCCACAGCUCUGCCUCUGCACAGGACCGGAGGACCCAGAGAAGACUUGUCUUGUCACUGAAGAUGAUGGGUGGGGCAGCUUGUCAGCUCGUUUGACGAACCCGCGCACAUCAGUCUUAAAUUGGAACAAGUGACAAAAUUGAAAGGUGAAAGAAGAGUGGAAGUAAAAGGGGAUGGGAAUAAAUUGAAAAGUUGACUUUAAUGAGAAGUGAACACAAGGAUUGAGAAUGAUGCCAAAGCUAAUAUCAGAAGCAUAAAAAUGCAAAUGCCUGGGAAGGUGACAGCAAGUAGUCGCCCGUAAUGUACAUGUGCUUUUAUAUCUGCAGCAUUUAAUUUAGCUUUCUGAGCUGCAUUUAUCGUUUGCGUGCAAGGCAAAGGUUUGUGUCGAAUAUGACUGAUCUUUUGAGAAUUAACUUCUGGUUUAGCUGCACUGGAAUCUUACAGGUGAUGCUAAUUCAAAGCUCGAUUGACCACAAAUGUGAACGAGGGUCAGUCAUCUCUGUGCCAUCUUAUCUCACACUAAGCCACGGGAUGGUCUUAGUGCGAGAGCCGUUUAUUCACCUAAUGCUGCUUGGACCGUUUCUAGCAUUAAAAAUUGAGCCCUGAAGUUGGUUUGCUAUAUGGAUCCAACUUCCAUUUGACUGUAAUCAUACAGAUGUGCUAAAGAGAAUUUAAUGGCUGUGGAGCUGCGGAUGCGCAAUAUAAGAUUAUUAGUGGUGUAGUUUAUUUUCCGGUGUUUGAUUAGCUGUCGAUCUGCUGGCAUGUGGUUAUGGCUGUGAAGCUACGCUAGAAAAAGGAAUGAAAUCUGAUCUGUUUUCUUAAAUCGAAGUGAAUAUAGUUAAUAUGAUGGCGCAACAACAAAGUGAUCAUAGUGGCGCACUACACUGUAUGAAGUUUGGAUUUGUUGUUGGGGUCGUUUGAUUGUCAGAGUUUUGCAUGUGAAAGUAGUUUUUGCUUGGUUCAGAUGAUUGAUGGAGCCCGUGUGUGUUUUCCAGCUCUCCAUUAACACAACAUACUAGAACAUAGUAAAUGUACAUUCUCAGGAAGCAUAUUUUAAUAAGACAGCAGCACAUCGUUGGUCAGAGCUUAAUCUCCAGAAGCUAAAACAGACUAACGAUAGCCUCAAGAUAAUUGGCUGUUUAAAAGUUUAACGUGGGUUUAAUAUCAAAUUUAAUAUAAAGAAAUGUAAAAAGAGGUUUAGUGAGAAUGAACAGCUGUUCCUGCAGACGUGUAAGGAUCGGACCACCAUCACUAGGAUGUGCUGACAGUAGCAGUCUGUGAGCAUUAGUAUGAGGAUGAUGGUCUGUUGAGGUGAAACAAUGAAACCAAGAUUGUCUUUUGUCAUUGUUUACGUUUCUGUGAUUUAAGACAUUUUUCGAUAAUUCCUUGGUCUUUGCCAAUUGAAAUAUUUAUUUUUUCCUUCAUUUUUAAAGCUUCAAUGGCUACAUUGAAUGCAUCCAUUUCCUGAUUACAAUAGUGAGUUGUGAUAAUGUGUUAAUUCUCCGCUCUUUUUUUGGUGAUAAAAAUGAGUUCUAACACUUCAUAAGAACAAGUUUUGUUCUGUUCAGAGAUUUAAGUUGAUAUCAAUAUGGUUUAAAAAUGAUACAAGUUGGUGCUAGUUUCUAAUGUGUUCAUGCUUCUGAUUUAAUUUAGCUCUGAUCUUCACAAACUUUGAAAUACUUCCAGUACACAGAAUUUAAGCCUUAUAUGAGUAAGUAACCCCAGGCUUGCAGAAGAUAAAGUUCAAGUGACACUUAAAAAAACUGAAAGCUGAGAAAGAUGCAACUAGCAGAGCUCACCGCUGGUGUUUGGAAGAUGUGGGGAUGUUUACGUGACCUGCAAAUACCAGUGAAAGGCUGCACUCUGCAACGCUUUGGUGGCUGAUUCAAAUAAAGAUGCAAUGGGCAGGGGCUGUUAAUCAGCUAUGAUUUUUUUUUUUGUCUUCAUUAAUGUUUUGUACAAUCUGUGAAAUUGAAACAUUGUCUCCUUGUUUUAAAAAAAAAAAAAAAGGUUUAUAUGCAAAAAUGUUUUCAGGUUUUGACAAUGUUCUUAUGUAAAAUAAAACCUAUUUUGGUACCACUCCUCUCUCUGCUGGUCUUGUGAACAGUCAUUGUGUAGUACCACUGUGUGCCAGUAGGAGGCGAGCACACACAGCUCAAAAUGCCAAGUAGUUACACAAAUGUAGAAUGGAUAGGAGUCCCCUAAAUUCCCACACACUGCUGAAUAGUUUAAACACAUCUGUACAAA